UGAUUUCCACACCCCACAGCACGUGAAUCCUCUGCCCACGAUUGCGAUUCGCCGGAGUCCCAGACCCACGUACGCAACCUAACCCACCCCCGGGGAUCCCCAAGCGGCGGCCAUGGAGCCCUCUCCCGCCGGCGCCGCCGGCUCUGCGGAGCGGUGGCGCGCGGAGGCGACGCGUGCGUUCCAGCAAUACCUGGACCGCGCGGCGCCGCACACGGCGGGGCGGUGGGCGGGCACACUCGUGGCCGCGGCGGUGUACGCGCUGCGGGUGUACUACGUGCGGGGCUUCUACGUGGUCACCUACGGGCUGGGCAUCUACCUGCUCAACCUCCUCAUCGGCUUCCUCUCCCCCAUGGUCGACCCGGAGCUCGAGGCGCUCGACGCCGGACCCGGACUCCCCACCCGCGGCUCCGACGAGUUCAAGCCAUUCAUCCGCCGCCUCCCCGAGUUCAAGUUCUGGUAUGCCAUCACGAAAGCCUUUUGUAUUGCUUUCGUCAUGACCUUCUUCUCUGUAUUUGAUGUUCCUGUCUUCUGGCCAAUACUUCUCUGCUACUGGAUUGUGCUCUUUGUCCUGACAAUGAAGCGACAGAUUGUUCAUAUGAUCAAGUACAAAUAUGUCCCGUUCAACAUCGGAAAGCAGAGGUAUGGCGGAAAGAAAGGCCCAGCAGCAGCCAAUGCAUCUAAAGACUGAGAAGUCUGGGGCCUGGAGAUCGAGGGCUGGUGUUAUCUGUGAGGCAUCUAUGCUGCUGGCGCGGUGGUAUUUUGAGUACCAGCUACUGAUAUUGAAUCCACAUCUUUAUUCGCUAAUGGAGAGAAGUCAACUUUGACUUUGCUGUGUUUACGAUUCAUGUUUUACAUAUCAGUAGUUUGUGUACGAUGACUUGGGACAUGAGCUAGCAGCUUACUUUCCAGUUCUUCAGUUUUUA